GACGCUGCUGGUGCCAGCUCGACCGCAGGUAAUGCAGCCAAAAAAGCUGCAGCCGAGCAGAACCCAGCAUUUAGAAUGAUGGGUCUGCCUAGGCUUCGUCUUCCUUCAAGAAAUUGGCUGAUCUUCUGGACGAUUACUGGAUCAUUUGCUGGCGCAGUGAUAUACGACAAAUGGCAGACGAAGCGGAUGCGGGAGAAGUGGUGCAAUCUGGUCUCACACAUCGCCGACGAGCCAUUAGACACCAAGACACAACCGCGCAGAAUUACGAUUUACCUAGAGGCCCCGCCCGGUGAUGGCCUAAGAGCAGCGCGCGAACACUUUCACACCUAUGUCAAGCCGGUGCUUGUCUCCGCAGCAAUGGAUUGGGAUGUAGUGGAAGGCAGAAAAGAAGGUGAUGUGCGGCACAAGACAGCAGAGAGGAUCAGGAAGCGGAGAAAGAAGAAUGGCGAAGGAGAGCCGCUGCCGCCUGAAGACGAGACAACUCUGACUGUUGAGAAGCUUAGAGAACAGAACGGCGAUGUUGAAUAUCCAGGAGUAGCAGGUGAUAUUGUCAUUGGGAGACAUACUUGGAAAGAAUACAUCCGAGGACUACAUGAAGGUUAUCUGGGACCACCAGACCCACCGAAAGAGGUGCUCGUCGACACGAUAUUCGCAACGCAGCAAAAUGCCCAGGAUGAGCCGUUGUCAUCGCUGGACACCGUUGUCGGAAGUGAGACUUCAUCACAAACCCAGGAGACUCCAACAGAAGCUUCCUCGGAAGACAAGCCGGCCGAGGAGAAGACGGAGGAGAAGAAAGAGGAAGAAGAGAAGCCAAAGAGACGCUUUCCACCGUCAUACAUCGUGCCCGAAGACUAUCAGUCCGCAACCCUUUCACCUUCCACUCCCGAAAUUCUCGGGCCGAGCGUAGGGAUUUGCAUGCCACACCUGCUUGGGGUCAGGAACACGCCUGUUCGCAUUUACCGGUUCCUGACGCGACGAAGGCUGAUGGACGACAUCGGGAGACAAGUUGCUGCAGCUGUUCUCGCUUCACAUCACCGGCCGUAUGGAAGUGUAACCACUAUAGAUGAGAACAGCUCCUCAGAUGCUCCUUCCCAGGCUCAGGAGCAAAAUGCUGUUCUCGAAUGGGAAGAGAAAGAUUGGUGGAAGACAGUGCGACAAGCACGAAAGGAACAUGAGGAAGACAUCUGGCUCCAACCAAUCGCGUUUGAUGAGCGGAUCGCAAGUCGGAUGAGGGCGUUUGAACUCACCUCUGAAGAUGACGAGCGCGCCAAUAGAAUCGCAGCU